AUGGCGCGCCUUCUUUUGGGAAAUACGGCGUCACCAACGCCAGAUGGGAAAAGAUACAACUGGACCUUUUACGUGCGCGGGGAGACAGACGAGUUGGACUCUGUGACCAUCAAACUGCAUCCCACCUUCAAGGAUCCAAUACGCGUUUGUGACAAGCCGCCCUUCGAAAUCCACGCAAAAGGUUGGGGUACCUUCGACAUCACUGUGCUCCUUAAAUGGAAAAGUGGAGCAGUGCAACGGACAAUUUGGGAGCUACAGUUUGACCAGACAGAUGCUUUCAAGGAGCUGCAGGUACCUUCCAAGGUACUUCAACGAGCAGCUCUGCCGGGCAGCUGCCCACCUCCAGCGCCACCUGCACCAGCUGGAGAAGAGGUGCCAGUGCCUCCAUGGGAAGCAGAGAACAGCGACGUCUAUGGUGUGCGUGGCAGCAUAGCUGGUCUUGAUUCUGAGGAUGACGCCAUGGCGGAAGUGGCACCAGCAGUCGAGGAAGACGUGCCUGGACCGCCGCCAGAGCUGCUGCGAGACACCAGCGCCGGCAAAGGCGAUGCUGAUCCGGUACGUGCCACCGUUUGUGAACGACUUCGUGGCAUGCCAUACAUGGCGCCUUCGCAUCCUCAAUUCAUGUUCGGCAGAGGCUAUGAUGGGCCCUUGAAGGCUCCCAAGGUUCUGUGGAAGAGUGACAAAGCACCGAGGGAGGAUCAUAGUUGCCCGAAGUGGCUGACAGCCACGGAGUUUGAAGAUGUGCCGGAGGUGAUGGCUGCAAAGGUCAAAGAGCUCGCCAGGCUGAUGAUGAUCUCCCGGAAAACGGUGGCAUACACAGGGGCAGGCAUUUCUGCUGCAGUGAUUGGCCAAGCGGCGCUGAGUGGACAGCAUACCGUGGGAUGGAAGGCAGAUACUCGGACAGCGCCACCCACCUUCACGCAUCACGCCUUGGGUUUCCUUGGAAGAGAAGGCCUUCUGCAUGGUUGGGUGCAGCAAAAUCAUGAUGGCCUACCCCAAAAGGCAGGCUUCCCGCAGGAGCGCAUCAAUGAAAUCCAUGGCAGUUGGUAUGAUCCCGGCAACCCAGUAGUGAAAUACAGCGGCUCAUUACAUGACAGAUCCUACCCUUGGAUGAGAGAAGAUGCGGAAACAGCUGACCUAUGCUUGGUUCUGGGUACCAGUUUGGGAGGCCUCAAUGCAGAUCAGGUUGCCACCAAGACCGCUGAUCGUAGCUUGCUUCCUCCAGCACCAGAACCUGGUGUGUUGGCUCCGGGUGCCUGGAUCACAUUACUGCGUGGUGGCCGGAUCUUCAAGGGCCGUGUGGUUGCGGUCAAGGAGAAGGAUAUUGAGGUACGUUUCAAGACCAGCACCUCAGACUCUGACUCCGAAGAAGAGGAUGAUCGCCUUGGGGACCCCGUUCGAAUCAGCAAGAGCGAAAAGUUUGAACUACUUCCCGGCACAAGUGGUGGCCUUGGCACCGUGAUCAUGAACCUCCAACAAACUGCACAGGAUGGGAAAAUGACACUUCGCCUCUUUGGGAAGUCGGAUGAUAUUCUGCGAAUGCUACUGCCUGAGCUGGGCUUUGGCGUGAGCAUCGUCCGGCCUCCGGUGUGGCCCAAGAUGAGCCGUGCCCUGGUGCCCUAUGAUCGGAACGGCAAGCGCACAGGCCCUGGGGCCAAGCGCAUGUGGUUGGAUCUCAGUGCAGGUCAGGAGGUGCGCAUCACCCCAGGACACAACAUCCAAGGUGCUCAGCAACCUCAAUACAUGCACAUUGGAGCCAAAAAACCCAUCAAGAUCAAGGGAGAAACCAGGCAACCAGCUGUUGGCAACGGCCGAGUCCUGAGUCGAUGCGACAAGAGUUGCAGCUUCGUGCUGCAAAUCGAAGGUGUGCAGAUGAGAUUAGGGAUUUGGUGGUUGGAAAGUGCCAUGAGGGGUGCGGUGGAUGUGCUUCCAGUGGUGAACAAGGAGCCCAGCUUUGAAUCCUAGUGACAGCACAGGUGCGUCACAGGGGUGGAAAAUCCACCAGUGGCAUCCAGCUGCAGCUCAGGGAGAUGGCCCCUGCCAUAGCGCAAGGGCCUGCCGUUCGCAGCAGAUCUCAAAGCUUUUGAGUUGUACAGACUGCUGUAGGACACCUCAAGGCCAUAAGGCCCUUUGGCAACUUCGCCGUUUCUGAACUGAAACGAACUUGUAGAUGCAGAUGAGAUCGACC